CCGCCUUUCGAGAGGGAAAGUGAAGCAGGGAAAACGAAAGCGGCCAUUUUCCGGUAAAAAUUUACACAGCGUGUUAAACAAGAUUGUUCUUGCGUCCAACGGUUAUUUUGUCAAUACUAAUUUGAUUUAAAUUGAAAAUGCCGAAAUCUAAGGAAUUCGUUGAAAGCGAUGAUAGUUCAGCGAGUGGAAGUUCCUCUGAGACUGAAAAAAAGGGAAAGAAGAGACCGAAGAAGGAAGUGAAGCAAAAGGAAACUACUAAAGUGGGAUCUUCAAGUAAAAAACCAAAGACAAAUGAAGAUCAAACGUGGGAAUUAGAUGAAAAAUGUCUAGUCACUGUUAGAGAAUUUAAAGGAAAAACUUUAGUUGAUAUUCGUCAUAUGUAUGAGGAUAGAGAAUCCGGAGAAUUAAAACCAACGAAAAAAGGCAUAUCUCUAAACAAAAAAUUAUGGCAAAAAUUGGUCGAUAUAAUUCAAGAAGUCGACGAUGUAGUUAAGGAAAAAUAAAGAUUCUGCUAUUGAAGAAGAAAAAAUAUACUUAUCGUUCAAUUUAAUUGAACCUGUAUGUAUAUAUGUAUUUAAAUAGUAGAAUCCAAAGCGAAGUUUUUACGUAUUUUUAUAAAUGUUCAACUCUCGUCGAAUUCGUCGAUCCUGUAAUAUUUAUAUUCAUUCCUUCAACAACGUUUUAUGUUUAAAUAUUAUGAUUAUAUAAUAAAAAAUAAUAUAAACUA